UUCACUGAUCGAAUGUCCGCAAAAUAAAGGGUUUUAGUGUAAACACCUUCCUCCUGAUUAUUCUCAGCUAUGUCCAACAUCUUUGGCUGUUUUAUCCAGGAACCAAAUAAAGAGGAUAAGAAUAUGUAUAUGGCAAUAAUUAAUACAGAUGACUUAUUUGCGAAUCAAGAUUGAAGCAAAGAAACAUUUCCUCAGUUUCAGUGUUCACAAUGAACCAUAUGUGCAUUGUGUCAUCUUGAAACAGGAAUUGGUGCCUAUAUAUAGCCAGAAGCAUAUCACCUUUCACCAAGCUCGUCUCAUGAGGCUGAGAGAACGAAACAUAUAUAUAAAAAUACAGAGAAUGAGUUGUGUAACUUCACUUGGCUUCCUUUCUCUUUUCCUCUAUAUCUUUCCAUCUUUGACAUCUCCAAGCUUGCUAUUCCAGGGUUUCAACUGGGAGUCGUGUAAUAAGGCUGGAGGAUGGUAUAAGUCUCUCAAGAACUCCAUCCCUGAUAUCGCUAAUGCUGGUGUUACUCAUGUCUGGCUUCCCCCACCCUCUCAGUCAGUUGGACCCCAAGGAUAUCUGCCAGGAAGGCUAUAUGAUCUUGAUGCAUCGAAGUAUGGAUCUCAGGCUGAAUUGAAGUCACUAAUAGAAGCUUUCCAUCAGAAGGGAAUAAAAUGUUUAGCUGACAUAGUAAUAAACCAUAGAACAGCAGAGAGGAAAGAUGGGAGAGGAAUAUACUGCAUUUUCGAAGGAGGAACUCCAGACGAUCGAUUAGAUUGGGGACCAUCUUUUAUUUGUGGGAACGAUAAGGAGUAUUCAGAUGGGACAGGCAAUCCCGACACUGGACUGGAUUAUCCACCAGCUCCCGACAUUGACCAUCUCAACCCAAGGGUUCAAAAAGAGUUGUCUGACUGGAUGAAUUGGUUAAAGACCGAAAUUGGUUUUGAUGGAUGGAGGUUUGAUUUCGUGAGAGGGUAUGCCCCAAGCAUCACCAAAAUCUAUAUGGAACGAACUUCACCAGAUUUUGCUGUUGGGGAGAAAUGGGAAGAUCUUUCCUUGGGGCAGGAUAGUCAAGAUGCACACCGUGGAGCUCUCAAAGAUUGGGUUGAAGCUGCCGGUGGAGUUGUCAAAGCAUUCGAUUUCACCACGAAAGGGGUUCUGAAUGCUGCAGUGCAAGGGGAGUUGUGGCGGUUGAAGGAUUCCAAUGGGGAACCUCCUGGAAUGAUUGGACUGUUGCCCCAAAAUGCAGUGACUUUCAUCGAUAAUCAUGACACAGGGUCUACUCAAAAGCUUUGGCCUUUCCCAUCUGAUAAAGUCAUGCAGGGCUAUGCUUAUAUUCUCACCCAUCCCGGCACUCCAUCAAUAUUCUAUGAUCACUUUGUUGAUUGGGGAUUAAAGGAUGAGAUUACUAAAUUGGCAACCAUAAGGAGAAAGAAUGGGAUCAGUGAAGCUAGCAAGGUUGAUAUUCUAGCCUCUGAUUCUGAUCUGUAUGUUGCUGCAAUUGAUGAGAAAAUCAUUACCAAGAUUGGCCCAAAGAUGGACCUGGGCAACCUUGUACCUUCCAACUACCAGCUUGCUACCUCAGGGAAAGACUACGCCGUGUGGGCAAAGAAGUGAGACAGUGGACACAACUCAAUGUUCAAAUAGUGUCCCUCAACGAUGUUCAAAAGGCUCAUACUUGGUUAAAUUUCUCAAUGGCUAUGUCUGUAUGAAUGUUACUGAGAAAAUAAAUAAAUGAAUAUAUGUUUAAUAGUA